AUCAGUUUUCACAGCACUUCACACAUGUCACACACACGAGUUUCGAAGAGGAAGCGUUCUCUGUGUUGUCAGACGGCUGAUGAGGAAAGCAUGGCCCUUAACGCAGAUGAUGAGGACUUUGAAUGGGAGCCUCCCUCCGAGGCGGAGAUGAAGGUGAUUCAGGCCCGACGGGAGCGUCAGGACAAGAUCAGCAAGCUGAUGGGAGGCUAUCUGCUGAAAGGAUAUAAGAUGCUGGGGGAAUGCUGUGAGCUGUGUGGGACAAUUCUUCUGCAAGAUAAGCAGAAGAAAGAUUACUGUGUUGCUUGUCAAGAGCUGGACUCAGAUAUUGACAAGGACAACCCAGCUUUAAACGCCCAAGCAGCCUUGUCACAAGUACGAGAGCGGCAACUUGCAACUCAUCCUCUCCCUGAAGCUAACGGAGCCUCGUCCAGUGACCCGCCACUCGCCAUCACAGGCCAGCCCAGGCCAGAGCACUGCGAGGGGGCUGCAUCUGGACUGAGAGGUCCCCUUCCCACCAUACAGCCCACUUCUCUUCCUGUCCCCGCCGCCAGCCCCAUUUUCCUUCCACCAACCAACCCUCCUCUUCAGGCCGCAAAUCCUUCGGGGUCCUUGGGCAACACCCUCCAACACCACCCAGCCCUGUCGAGCGCAGAGGAGGCCGUGCUACACAAACUCAGAUGGGCCACACAGGAGCUCCAGCACUCAGUGUCAGUAGAGGCCAGUAUCCAGCUCUGCAAUCUGAUCAGAGGCUGUGCCGAAUCCCUGCGUAGCCUGAAAGAGCUGCAGCUCACAUAAGACUGAAUUACAGACAGGGCUGCAACAGCACACACACACAUUAGGAAAUACAGACAGCACUAAUAUACAGGAUAAAGUACCAUACUCAAAGGAGGUUUAUUUGGUUGUGUUUAUGUUUGUUCUAAAGCAGCUGAGUAUGUGUCUGUGUAGUGUGUUGAAA